AAAAAAAAGUGUGAAAAAAAUAUUGAAAUAAUUUUAAUAAAAAAAAACCUAAAAUAAAUAAAUAAAAAAUGUUUUGCAGUCAAAAGUGUUUCUUCAUUUUAUUGCUUACAGCAAUUUUAACAGUUACGGCUGCUGUCGAUCGUAAUCCGAAAAAACGACAAAUCUAUCGUGAACAAGUCUUGCCUCAUGCAGGUGGCAAAAUUCCCGACACAGCAUUCGAAACCGAUCGGCUAUUCUUAAAUCGAUUACAGUCUAACGGUAUAUCUGUGCCAGAUGGCGUAGUGACUGAGCAACGGAACCCACAAGUCUACCAAUACCACGACAAAAGUCCCAGAGUGCUCUUCAAGAUAGCACUUAGCUCUGAUGGUCGUUAUACCCCCACUGAAGGCCGAUACAAUCAUCAGAAUGCACCGGCGAUUGAGACCACCUAUCUCUAUCCUCAAAUACACGGACACCUGACGGAUGCAACGCCCGCGAAGAGCGCCUAUCCGACAUACAGACAACUGCAGUUACACAAUUCACAGCUCAAUCAAGUGAAGCUGCAGCCUAAGAAGAAGACGCAAUAUCUCGACAUAACGCCGAGCGUCAAUAAAGGCCAUGGCAAUGCGUUUAGGACCCAAGCAUACCAGAAUUUCAACAUUAUCAACGCACCAUUGGUGCCCGCCAGCGCAACAGCUGCCGCAGCGCCGGUGACGGUGUCAUCAGGGAGCGCCAACCAAUUUGACUUUUUAACACCGAGCGCCGAUAGUUCGGCACAUCAGAUCAUAUUAAUUUUAUUUGAUUUGUACAGUUAUUUCAAAAAAAUUGUUGUAAUUAAGAUGAAUGGGCAACGUGUGACAUUGUGCUGCAGCUUAUUGCUCGCAGGCGCUUAUAUUGCGGCAUCGAUAGCGGUGGAAGUGCAGACCUAUGGCCAUCUUUACCAUCCACCAACUGAAGAGCAUCGCCGGGAAGAAAAACAAGAUCUUUCGAAAAUACCCGGUGUACCGGGUGUCGACUAUCCGAUUUAUCACGAAGUGCCGCACACGAACUUCCAUUGUGCCAAUGUGCCCGCCGUGCCGGGAAUGUAUGCCAAUAUAGAGACCGGUUGUCAGGCCUAUCAUGUUUGCCACGAUGGUCGCGAGGGACAUCAGGGAGCACAAUUUCUCUGCACUAACGGUACGAUCUUCAAUCAAAAGGAAUUCGCAUGCGAUUGGUGGUACAAUGUGAAGUGUGAGGAAGCGACCAACUACUAUCACUUAAAUUCGGAUCCCGAACAUAAUCCUUAUUUCCAAAAGAAAAAAGAACCGGAACCAGAAGUAGAACACAAUAAUCACGAGGGCUUCUAUAUUCACGCAUAAUUCUUACAAACAAAUACAUACUUCAUCUCAUUAAAAUUUAUAAAAUUAUUAUAUUUAGAGAUUUUGGUUUUCAUGCUUUCAACAGUUUUCAUUAAAAAAUAUUGUUUAUUGAUCAAAAAA